UCGCUCGUGCAGCCACACGCACGAUUUGUCGAUCUCACAAAUCCUUUUUACGGAUUUUGACUAGUAUUUGUAUUUUAUAGACGGCUGUAAAUCACACGUAAUUUUCGCGCCAAAAUGAGUGAAGUGCCGGGUCCGUCGAAGCGCUUUUCUACUGAUAAUUCUUCGUUUUCUGGUGCUAAAAAACCCCGAAAAACAGUCCUUGACAGUUGUACCUCGGACGAAAAUGAUUGUUCAAGUGAGGAAGCUGUUUAUUCACAGUGUAAUGAUGGUCGGAUGGACGGUCCUUUUGGUGAGAUUCCGGACCAUUUAUUGAUCAAUACUAUAGAAACCCCAUCUGUUUCUUUGCUGAGGUCUUCUGCAAUUACCCCGACAGUCUCCGAGCAAAGUUUCAUUCUCCCGUCACAUAUUGGUGUUGCUGGUUAUUCAUCUAUAUCAGCACUUCCAAGUUUUGAUGACAAUAAUAGGCAAGUUGCACAAAAUAUCGACGACCAGCCUUCACACGAGGGAGCUACAGCAACAUGGGCUUCGACAGGUUCGAUGAAAACCUUAGAUUUUACCAAAGCACAAGAACUAUUAGUUCCAGUGCCCUCGGACCCACUUGAAGCGUUUCUAUUAUUUUUAAAUAAUGACAUUCUCGAUUUGAUUGUACGUGAAACAAAUCUUAAUGCUGAAAGAGUGCUACAGCAACCUGGAGUAACUGAUAAAUAUAGAAUUACCAAUUGGAAGGAAUUAACACGCGAGGAAUGUAUGACCUUUCUUGGGUUACUACUUCACACCGGGACUAUUCGGCUAAACAGACUGAAUGAUUAUUGGAAAACUCACUGGCUAUUUAAUAUACCUUCUUUUAGACAAUAUAUGUCACGAAACCGGUUCAUGCUGAUAUUACGAUGCCUGCACUUUUCAUCAGAUCCAAGAGACGAGGAUCGAUUAACUGAAAUCCGUCCAAUUGUAGAUAACUUUAAUACUGUCAUGAACAAUAUUUAUAGUCCAGGUAAACAGCUGACUCUUGAUGAAUCCAUGGUGUUGUGGCGGGGACGGCUUCUUUUUCGUCAAUACAUUAAAAAUAAACGCCAUAAGUAUGGCGUUAAAUUUUAUGUUCUGGCUGAACCUGAAGGGAUAGUAUUAAAAUUUCAAAUAUACGGUGGUGCACAUGAAGAAACUUCAGGACAAGGACACACACAAAAAAUUGUGUUAAAAUUAUUAGAGGAUAAUCUGGAUUCCGGCCAUAGUGUCUAUAUGGACAAUUUUUAUAAUUCUUAUGAUUUGGCGGUGAAGUUGCUGGACCGACAAACAUACUGCACUGGCACUUUAAGAAAAAAUAGAGAAGGAAAUCCUGUUGACCUCAGCACAGUAACCCUUAAAAAGGGGGAAUACAAGUCUGUUUUUUUAAAUAACGUGCACAUCGGUAAAUGGAGAGAUAAACGAUAUGUGCUGUAUAUAUCAACAGAGCACGAUAAUGAAAUGAUGGAAGUUACCAACAAAAGAGGCCAAGUUCUGCUCAAACCUUCAGCAAUUGUUCAUUACGACAAUUUUAUGUCUGGGGUCGAUCUACAGGACCAGAUGCUGUCUUACUACCCGUGUGAAAGAAAGACCAUGAGGUGGUAUAAGAAACUCUUCAUUCAUGUACUACAAAUGAGCGUUGCAAAUGCUUAUUAUUUGUAUAACAAAUUUUCAACAAAGCAAAGGCUGAAUUUGUACGAUUUUCGCCUUUCCAUUUUGGAAAAGCUAUUGCCUAAAAAAACAGAUCAACUUAAGGUACUGAAAGUAGAGCAUAAAUUGACAAAAAUUGAAAAUGUGAAGUUGCGCGAAAAGAAGGAAAGAAGAGGCAUCAGAACAAUAAAAGAAAUUGUUAGGAAAGAAUGCAAGGGUUGCAAACAGAUUAAGAAGAGGGUGGCUACUUUAUAUGAAUGUAAAGGAUGCGACGGAUCGCCAGGUUUCUGUACCCAAUGUUUUUGUAAUUUUCAUUCAUAGUUUUCAGACUUUCAAGCAUUUUAUUUUUUAGAAACAAAACUAUUU